CUUAUUCCUUUUGUAGUAGGUUUUUCUUUUUUUACUAAUAUUAGGUGAGGUUUCAAAUGUUACAUAUCAUACGCGACUACUGAAAGGCUCGCUCGUUUUUUUUAGUGUGCGUCUUCUUCUUGCGCUAUGAAACGUUUUGUUCAUUUUGGUGGGUUUUGAUACCGCCCGGAUUCCAGUAGAUAAUUCUUAAUGUCCUGGGAUCUUGGUUUGCUGUUGUAACCAUAUUAAUGCGUUCGUUAUCGCUGGAAUGGUAUCCAGUCCGUUGUGGAUGUCCAUCAGUAAUCGUUGGAGGAUGGUUAUAACAGUUUGGAUCAGCAUUUGUGGAUGCAAGGACUAGGGAAGUAAGAACCAGUAGUUCUGCCUUAUCUCCGGCGCUGCGGGAAUAGCAGCCCCGCCGCCUUUGCGUGACGCCUUUGCGCGGCGCUACGGGUCGCACGAUGCUUGCGGCUUUGUCACAGCAGGCGGGGGUUGCUCUCCCUACGCAGGAGCACGGAGUAGGGCAGACCAAGACCACGGCGUGUCGGGGUUGACCAAGUCGGUUCUGAAUUAAAGAUUGUUGUAAAGCCACAUUUACCUUUUUUUCUAAGUGUGGAGCCCAUACUAUUUCUUAUUUACCAAGUAAAUAAUAGCAAAUAUACUUUUUACCGACGAACAGACUGACUGACAUUUCUCAAAACAAACACAAAAUGGCGGGACAUAUGUCAUUUUGACAAUAGUACCAACAUAAUCAACAUAUUUUUUACCAUAGACAACAAGAAACAUGUUAUUUCUGCAUGAAAAAAUGGCAGCACUGAUCAAAAUGGCCGGCCAAGUGCAAGUCGGACUUGCGCACCAAGGAUUCCGUACAAACCUGUAGGUAUAUUUACGAUUUUCGAAAAUUUUCCGUUAUUUGUUCACGGAAAUUUCCCUGCAGAUUUCGAUUCCCCUGAGAGCUUCAAAAACUUCCAGUAUAACAGGCUGUAUCUUUCGAUUGCCUCUCAUGAGCUCUAAGGCACAGUAGACCUAAGUAUUUGAUAUAAACUUAAGCUUGAUACCUUCAGGCGUUCCUGAGAAAAAGGGUCUUGAUAGACAGAUGGAUAAGAAAGUGAUCCUAUAAGAGUUCCGUUAUUCCUUUCAAGGUACGGAACCCUAAAAAUGAAAAGUUUGUUGUGUAAAUUACUUAAUAAUUGUACUAAAUAGAAAGUCAAAACUUCUUAUAAGUUUUAUUCUAUUUACAUAAAUAAUAACAAUGUACUAGUAUAACAUGUUUUGACAUGACCUUCAAGCUGCGCCAACUAUACGCUGUUCUCUGAGGCGUAGACGACGUUCACGUUCAAAUUCUUUCAUGCGGAGUACAUAACUGCAAAGUAAUAAUAUUGUUAUCAAACCUCUUCUGAUGCAAUUACAAUAACAUUGUGUCAAUGACACACUGACAGUAAAUUAUGUCACACACUGUGUAAUAGUGGUUCAAAUAAACUGCACAUAAUUAAUAAAAUUACUUUUGCUUGAGUUUUUUUCUAUUCUUUAUUACAAAGAACAACAAUUUUAUAAUGAAUUUGAAAGAUGAUGAACACUCAUGUGAAUUUUCUUAAUGUUGAUGUUAAAAUUAUACAAAGUUAAAAGGAAGGACUUAGCCAAACGCAACAAUGGUAUCGAUUCUGGUACGAUUCUCUAAGCGUGCGUUGUCGCGUGCCGCGUGACCAUCCGAACUUAGCCUAAAGGAGGGUAAGUGAAUAUGAGCAGCAGAAGUAUGGUGUACUUACCCUCUAUUGAAAAUAUUGCAACAAUUACUUAACAAAAUUUUGACCAUGGUGGAUAGUUUUAUAAUUUUGUAUAAUGGAUGUUACAUUAAGAUUUAAGAAAUAUAAUAUGAAUGUUUUGAAGACAAUAGGACAAGGAACAUACGGAAAUGUCUAUUUGUGUGAAAAUCAACUCAGCAGUGUUUUAAGUAUAGUCAAAGACAUUGAACUUAAUGGGAAGAUUCAAGAUCACAAGCAGGAUAUUGCAAAUGAAGUUAAUAUUUUAUCAUCGUUGAAACAUCCAAAUAUAAUUACAUUUUACGACUGCUUUUAUGCUGAUAAUCAUGUUUUGAUAUCUAUGGAGUAUGCUACUAGCGGGAAUCUAGCAGAAUACAUGUAUCAACGUUACCCAAAGUUAAUAAAGCAACAGGAAAUUUUGUUUUUCUUCUCACAAGUAUUACUCGGGGUAAAUUACAUUCACAGCUUGAAUGUUAUUCAUAGGGAUCUCAAGGCGGAAAAUAUAUUAAUGACUGGAAAAAACGGCGUGUUGAUUAAAAUAGGCGAUUUUGGUAUUUCUAAAAUGUUGGCAAGUGCAAAAAAAACUUCAACAGUUAUUGGUACACCAUACUAUCUGGCUCCUGAACUUUGUGAAGGCAAACCUUAUGACACCAAAAGUGAUAUUUGGGCUCUGGGCUGCUUGUUAUACGAAAUGUGUACACACAAACGGGCAUUUGAAUCAGAGUCUUUAGUUGGUCUGGUGAAGGCUAUUACAAAUGGAAGUGUUCACCCAAUUGAUUUAAGCAUUUAUAAUAGAGGAAUGCAGGAUUUAGUAGACUCAAUGUUGUCAAUACUACCCGACAAGAGGCCAUCUGUAAAGGAAAUUAUGGGAAGAAUGAUUAUUUUGCCAGUAGUUUAUAGCAAUUUUCUGGACGCAGGCGAUGAUGAACAAUUGCUAAAUAAGGCUAAGGAAUUUUUAAAUAAAUUUUAAUGACAAAAACCUGAUGAUUUAUAAUGGACAUAGUUAAAUAAAAUAAUGAUUAUUUGAAAUUGUUUUAUUGUGAAUUUACAACACAGGAGGAUCAUAGGUAAUAUCUGUUCUUUGAAGUAUAUAUUAUAUCGCCUGAUUGUAGUAAUCUGUUCUUUCCUCAAAUCUGUCCAGAUGGUGUAGUAUCUUAUUCUGUUGCAUAAUAAACUGAACAGUAGUGCGUAAAUCUGAUCUUAACAGCUAAAUAUUUACCACAUUAUUACAAAACGUAGACUAAAGUUAAACAUGGACAUAAACUAAUGAAUCGCUUUUGUUUGCUAAAAAGAAGACGGAGACAACAUUAGGUUUAAACCAAGAUCAACUUUGGUCCGCGUUUUGGAAUUAGGCGGUUAGAUUCUUCAUUUCAAGCUAGAUUAGACAAAACAUUAGAGCAGUCUACCCAAAAUCAACACUGAACUAAUGGGAAUUUUUAUCCCACUAGUUCUGUUAACAGAGCUAGAAUUCUCAGUUGUUCGUUGACAUAUGGAUAUUCCUUCAACAAAUAAAGAUUUCAAGUUUUUAUACUGUAGUCAAAGUACUGACUUCUACUGACCACUACAUAGUGUUGGUUAAAUCAUGAAUGGUAAGUUUUUAGUAUCCUAAAAGUGGUAUGAAUUGUGAUUAUUAAAAUUGUAUUGGUUACCCACCAAUACAUUGGUUAGGAAAGCUGAUGUAAAAAUGAGCAAGUUUAACGAAACUGAAAUAUGUAAAGCGGCUUACCCACUCUAACAUGAAAAUUUAUACCAACGUUAAGAUUGGGAAAUUUAUGUCCCGACAUUCACACUGAAACAAAUUCAAGUUCAGGAUGAAAAGGUGGGUCGGUUGGAUUCAUUAUUAUUUGGGUAUUUACAUCACAUUAGUAGCCACAAAUAAAGAGGAAAAAAAAAUAUUAGUUCGGUCAAACAAACUAGCCAAGAUAUUCACAGAACUAGUGUGUCCGUGAUGCUAGCGUACCCACGAUCAAUAUACGGGUUUUCGUUAUGCCAUUAAAUAGUGCCAAAUUAGAGUAAAAAUAAAAAAAAUAGUGCCUCUUUAAUUUAAGAAAUAAAGACCAUUUUUACUGUGUACGCUACCAUGACGUCAAGCUAGCACGUCAAGCUAGCGUACCCAUGGCCGACCCCAAGAACAGCAUAUAUUUAAGCAACGAAAUUGACACACAAAAAUAGUUCGCAAAUAGUGCCCUGGAUUUACAAAAUUUCAUAAUCAAUACUCUUAAAGUACCAAAGAUAUUGAAUUAAACAUUCUUAGCUGGCGUCAACCUGGCGUAGGCGUACCCAUAAAAGUUCUCAUAGAAAAUGAACUUUUAUCGUUAUCAAUUCUAUAUGUAUAAAUAGUGUGUCAAAUAGUGCCUCUAACAGUAAAAGUAUUUUAUGUGAAUCCGCAUCACAACAAUACAUAAAAAGAAUCUUAAAUAUUAGGAACAAAUGUAUUGUAGUACAGUUGCACACAAAAUUAAUUUAUGCACUAAGAAAUUAUCUAUAUAUGUAUUUAUACUAAAAUAAAUAGGUACUUUUUAUAAAAAGAUAUUUUAUUUCAAUUCGAAUUCACCAAUCAUAAAUUCAUAUAAGAAUUUCAACCUACCUACUAAGUACCUUACUUACCUACUAUACUACGAAAAUAUUAUCACUUCUGUACAUGACUGUACUUUAUAUAUAAAAAUAAUUUAAUUGCUUUUUUUAUAUUGUUUUACUGUGAAUUCACAUAAAAUACUUUACACUAUUUAUACAUAUAGAAUUGAUAACGAUAAAAGUUCAUUUUCUAUGAGAACUAUUAUGGGUACGCCAGGUUGACGCCAGCUAAGAAUGUUUAGUUCAAUAUCUUUGGUACUUUAAGAGUAUUGAUUAUGAAAUUUUGUAAAUCCAGGGCACUAUUUGCGAACUAUUUUUGUGUGUCAAUUUCGUUGCUUAAAUAUAUGCUGUUCUUGGGGUCGGCCAUGGGUACGCUAGCUUGACGUCAUGGUAGCGUACACAGUAAAAAUGGUCUUUAUUUCUUAAAUUAAAGAGGCACUAUUUUUUUUUUAUUUUUACACUAAUUUGGCACUAUUUAAUGGCAUAACGAAAAACCGUAUAUUGAUCGUGGGUACGCUAGCAUCACGGACACGAACUAGUGAGAUAAAAUUCCCAUUAAUUCGAUCAACAGAACUAGUGGGACUAAAGGAAAAAUUUGAUACAUUAAUGGCAAAAAGUAACACGAAAUGUUACAAAAGUAAUGGCAAUCCCUAUUUUGACCACAGCAAAACAACAUGAUGAAAGGACAAUGUUAAAAUUGGCCUAAGAACCAACACCGAUUUGGCAUUUAUGAUUAUUGUUAGUAUAUUUUUUGCGAUAAUUAUCAGUAUUUAGUUUGUGACGGACACUUCCAGUUAAGUAAGCUAAAUUAAAAAGUUAAAAAAUAAUCUGAGACAAUAAAUACCAUUUUAUGUGUAUAAUCUAUGGCAGCGCUGCAAACAAAACACUCUUCCUAAUGCCGGCACUUCACUUGGCUAUUCGUAUUUGCUAUUUUAAAUCAUGACAUCAGUCUGUCUUUUUCAUUCCUUAUUAAGCAUGACAAGGACAAACUGUUGUCAAGUGGAGGGCCGGCAUAAAACUCGUUACUCUGUGGUUGUGGUGCAUGCAGUUUGCAUUAGUAGUAAUCUGUGGCAUUCGUGCAUUUCAAAGAGUAGUUUAAUAUACCGGAAAGUGCGUUCUCGUUUUGGAUUACCUGUUGUGUGCGUUUAUUUGCGAUUGUUUUUCCUUUAAUUUAACUAUUUCGGCUAUCUAAUAUGCCCUCGAUGUUGCCCGAUGAUGCCCAAAGAGCAGAGCCCUUAUUACCAAGUGCUAGUGAACCUGUGCCACAACAUCCUGAGAGGAUCAUACUGCCAAAUUAUUCAAGAACACCUGAUACACAUUCACGCUGCAUAUUUACACAAUAUACCUACAUGUGAUAUACCAAUAAAUACAAUAAACAAUAUGAUACAAUUAUGUGAAAAAUAGUCAAUAAAUAAGAAGCAAAACUACAGUUUUUAUUUUAUUCAUGAUUCCUACCUAACCAAUUUUUUCCUAAUAGUUAUUCUUUAAAAUCACACCGAAAAAAAUGAAUUAGUUGUAAUAUUAAUUCACUACUGAGAUUAUACUAAAUUCAUAGGUUGACCUAUGUUUCAUUGCAUAUUAAUUAUAACCUCAAAAAAUUUUAAGUUUUCCUAAUAAUUUAAGUUCUCAGAAGUGUCCGUCAAUAUUUUUUGUUUUUACAGUUACGAUUUUGAACCUAGAAAAUAAUAUUUCAUGAUUGUUGGUUCUUAGGCUAACUAUGUAUGGACGCUGAAUUACCUAAUUGUUAAAACACCAUGGAUUUUGACCAAUAUUGUGUUGCAAUGACAAUUUCAUUAGCAUAGUUACGCUAGCAUGGGGAUAAUAAAGAUAACUAUGCCUGCUUGCUUUCCAUGUCCACUAUGAAUGAUCAGAAGGAAUAAAGGAAUUAAAUAAGGUAGUAUUAACUUUGAGUAAACUGUUAUUGAAUGUUGUUUCUAUAGCUUGAAACCUUAACAUAAACAAACCCUUAAAAUAAUAAUGUAGCAGGUAUUCCAUUCUCAACUCAAACUCAUCACUGGCCAUUUAUCUGGUCUGUAUCCAUUUCUUCUUCUUCCCCUUCUGAAA